UAGUGACAGUGCUUUUGUGAGAGCGCUGUGAGUUCCAUCUGCUUCCGUCUACCAAUUGAUUAUCUGUAAUGACUACACUGUAUAUAUCUAUACUGUGAUUGAAUUAUCAUAGGUCUCGUGCGUUAUCGGAGUAGAUUUGAUACGUGAACACGUGAGGGGAACCAACAAUCAUGGUUCAGCAAUACCAAUCGCCUGUGCGAGUUUACAAGCAUCCUUUCGCUCUUGUCAUGAUGGCAUAUGAGCGUAGGUUUCCAACAUGUCCACAGAUACCAGUUUUUAUUGGAUGUGAAGUUAUGUUAGAUGAGGAGAGCGAGGAUGGUGCUGUUAGAACCACAGAAAGACGAUGUAAAUUAAAUGUUGAAGCACCAUAUAUCUUAAAAAAGAUAAUUGGUGUGGAUUUUGUAUACUUUAUUCAAAGGAAUGUUUUAAAUAGGCGCAAUAAUGUUUUAGAAAUAGAAGCAUACAAUGAAAGCUUUGCCACUAGAGUAACUGUUAUUGAAAAAUGUAAAUAUUGUAAGUAUUAUAUAUUUAAAAACUUUUUUGGUUUUGAAAACUCAAUGGAAAAGUUAGCGAUGAAGCAAUAUGCACAAAAUAUUGCUAAGGGUAAAGAAAUUAUCGAAUAUUUCAUAAAUAAAUUGAAAGAAGAAGGUAUUACCUAUGUUGCUCCUUGGGAAGAUCCACAGAAAAGAUCUUCUGAAGAAGAAAAGAAAAAUGUGGACGAAAAUAGUGAGUUAUAUAGCGAAAAAGAAUUAUGUAAUACCGACAAUAAACUGCCUAGCAACAGAGAAAUGCAACUGUCAUCGGAUUAUAUAGAGAGAUACUUAGGAAAACUAGAUAUGCUUCAGGAAAGCAAAUUAGUGCAACUUAGACAUAGCAUUGAAGAACUAAGGGGUAGUUCCGUACCAGGUUAUGCAACGCUUCUACGGUUCUUAAGGGCCACGGAAUUCUCUGUUGAAAAGGCUAGAGAAAUGUUAACACAAUCCUUACAUUGGAGAAAGAAGCAUCAGAUCGAUAAACUUCUAGAUGAAUAUGAAAUGCCACAAGUGAUUAAAGAUUACUUUCCUGGUGGCUGGCAUCACUUUGAUAAAGACGGACGACCUUUAUAUAUCUUAAGGCUGGGUCAAAUGGAUGUUAAAGGUCUACUUAAAUCUAUUGGGGAAGAUGAAUUAUUAUUAUUAGCUUUACAUAUCUGUGAAGAAGGACUGCACUUGAUGGAAGAAGCUACUACUGUUUGGGAUCAUCCGGUCUCUCAAUGGACAUUAUUAAUAGAUUUAGAAGGUUUAAAUAUGCGACAUUUAUGGAGACCUGGAAUAAAAGCAUUAUUGAGAAUAAUAGAAAUAGUUGAAGCAAAUUAUCCAGAAACAAUGGGAAGGGUUCUAAUCAUGCGUGCUCCCAGAUGUUUCCCUAUUUUGUGGACACUUAUCAGCACUUUUAUAAAUGAAAAUACUAGGAAAAAGUUUAUUUUUUAUUGUGGUACAGACUACCAAGAACAAGGACCCGGUGGUCUUAGUGAAUACAUUAAUCAAGAAUUUAUUCCUGAUUUCCUCGGUGGUUCCUCAGAAACAUACGUAAUGGAAGGUGGAGUAGUACCGAAAAACUUAUACAGAAUGGAUUUGGAGGGUACCACCGGCGAACAUGAGCAUAGUCUAUAUCACUCUAUUAGCUUGAGCCGUGGUCAAACUCAUCAUGUAUUCAUAGAAUCGGAUGAUCCGGGUGCUGUCCUGACGUGGGAUUUCGAUGUAAUGCGUCAUAAUAUAAUAUUUACAGUGCUUCACAAAUCUCGAAACAGUGAAAAUGGUGCUAUUUCAGAACUUCCAGAGCUCGCAAUAGGGGGUGAUCAUGAAAUCGUUGCUGCAAAAGAAUUGAAAGAUAAUUAUAUUAAAGUCGAACAUAGCAUAAUUUGUCAUGAUGGUGAAAGCAUCCAAGGUACUCAUAUCAUGCAGGAUACAGGUACUUAUGUAUUACAAUGGCAAAAUCAAGAAGACCAAGUCGAAUUUCUUCCAUCCAUUAGCUCUCAUAAGGCUCAACUUACGUACUUUUAUGAAACAUUACCAGCUGCACAUUACAGAGGUUCAAUGAUGAGUUUACAGUCAGCCAUAAGCGGAAGGUCAGAGGCUAGUUCAUCUUUAUCCAGAUGAAAAGCAAUGAAUACAAAUGUUGAAUUGCAGGAGACAUGAAAAACAAA